AUGCGCGUCGGUUCCAUCUUCUCCCUCGCAGCCGCGCUGCUGAGCGCCGCCGUCGAAGCGUACGGCAACCCCGGCGCCUGCUCGGGUCAGUGCUGGAGUCACGACCCUUCCGUCGUUCGUCGCGACGACGGCACCUACUUCCGUUUCGAAACCGGUAGCAAGAUCGGCAUCUGGAAAGCUCCCGAUUUGGUCGGCCCCUGGACCUACCAGGGCGCUGCUCUGCCUGCUGGCAGCAAGAUCAACCUCAAGGGCAAUAAUGACCUCUGGGCCCCGGAUGUCAGCAAGGUCGGCAACCAAUACAUUCUCUACUACACCGUUUCGUCCUUCGGCUCUCAGAACUCCGCCAUCGGGUAUGCUACCUCGCCCACAAUGGAAUUCGGCUCCUGGACCGACCAAGGUGCCACCGGCGUUGCCUCUAAAGCCGGCAGCCGCUACAACGCCAUCGACGCCCAACUGGUCAAGUCCGGCAGCAAGUACUACCUCAACUUCGGAUCCUUCUGGCAGAACAUCUUCCAGGUUCCCAUGAACGCGGCGGCCACCAAGCCCGACGGCAACCCCUACAACAUCAUCUUCAACACAACCUCCCCCCAGCCCGUCGAGGGCGCCUUCGUCUACGAGCGUAGCGGCACCUUCUGGGCCUUCUUCAGCUCCGGCUCCUGCUGCGGUCUCGACGCCAAGCGACCCACUCCUGGCAACGAGUACAAGAUCUUCGUCUGCCGCGCAUCUUCGGUCAACGGCCCGUACACUGACAAGAGCGGCAAGAGCUGCACCAGCGGCGGCGGCACUCUCCUUCUCGCCAGCCACAACAAGAUCUACGCUCCUGGUGGCCAGGGUGUCUUGGCCGAUCCCAAGCGUGGUGCCGUUCUUUACUACCACUAUAUGAACACCGACAUUGGCCUUGCCGACUCCCAGACCCAGUUCGGUUGGAACGUCAUCAACUGGUCCGGUGGCUGGCCUACUGUCUAA